AUAAAACAAAAACCCCUGUAAAAUAAAUCACCACAUUUGUUUAAUCCCUCUCACGGUUACUCUCUGAAACACCUUCCUCUCUUGUAAACCCAAAGCCUCACUCUUUUCCUCCCCAUAUGAUCUAAUCUCUGCUUCUCAGAGGUCUGAGGAAAACCAUGCAAGGGUUUGCGGAGAGAGGUAAUUCAGGGGACUUGGCCCAGCUCCAGUCCACCAUGCACGCCAUUGAGCUUGCCUGCACUUCUAUUCAGAUGCAGAUGAAUUUAGGUGCUGCCGAAGCAACUAUUUUGUCACUUUCCCAGACUCCUCAACCGUACCAGACAUGUAAAUUCAUUCUUGAGAACUCUCAGGUUGCAAAUGCAAGGUUUCAGGCAGCUGCUGCAAUUCGUGAUGCAGCUAUUAGAGAAUGGAGUUUUCUUAGCUCAGAUGAAAAGAGAAGCAUGAUUAGUUUUUGUCUUUGUUUUGUUAUGCAACAUGCUAAUUCACCUGAGGGCUAUGUCCAAGCAAAGGUGUCCUCUGUGGCUGCUCAAUUGUUGAAAAGGGGUUGGCUUGAUUUCUCAGCUGCUGAGAAGGAGGAAUUUUUCUAUCAGGUAAACCAGGCUGUUUAUGGCAUUCAUGGUGUAGAUGUGCAGUUUGCUGGAAUUAAUUUCCUGGAAUCUCUGGUGUCUGAAUUUUCUCCAUCUACAUCUAGUGCGAUGGGUCUACCUAGAGAGUUUCAUGAGCAUUGCAAAAAGUCGUUGGAGCUAGACCACUUGAAGACUUUCUAUUGCUGGGCACGAGAUGCUGCAUUAAGUGUUACAAAUAGAAUAGUUGAGUCAGACUCUGCGGUACCAGAGGUUAAAGUCUGUACUGCUGCAUUGCGUCUCAUGCUUCAAAUCCUGAACUGGGAAUUCAGUCCAAUUGCAGUCUCUCUUGGAGGCAGAAUGGGUACUGAUUCACCUAAGAGAUCCGAGUGUAACCAAGUCCAGCCUGGACCUGCUUGGCGUGAAGUUUUGGUUACUAGUGGUCAUAUAGGCUGGCUCCUGGGCUUAUAUGCGGCACUGAGACAGAAGUUUUCUUGUGAAGGUUAUUGGCUCGAUUGCCCUAUUGCUGUCUGUGCUAGAAAGUUAAUAGUACAGUUCUGCUCCUUAACAGGAACCAUAUUUUCAUCUGUACAAAUGCAUGAACACCAUCUCCACCAACUUCUUUCUGGAAUACUACAGUGGAUUGAUCCUCCUGAUGCUGUUUCUAGAGCGAUUGAAUGUGGAAAAAGUGAAAGCGAGAUGCUUGAUGGUUGUCGUGCUUUGUUGUCAAUUGCAACUGUUGCAACUCCCUCAACAUUUGACCAGCUCUUAAAAUCAACAAGGUCCUUUGGUACUCUUACCUUGUUAUGCAUAUUGAUGUCUGAAGUUGUCAAGAACCUAAUGACUAACAACUCUGAAGAAGAGACUUGGAGCUGGGAGGCACGCGAUAUCUUACUAGACACUUGGACUGCACUCCUUGUGCCAGUAAAUAGGAAUGGUGGAAAUGCAUCUCUUCCACCUGAAGGGAAAAAUGCUACAGCCACUUUAUUUGCCUUGAUUGUACAGGCUGAACUGAAAGCUGCUUCUGCAUCAGCAUUUAAAGAUGAUGACUCCGACUACCUUCAGGCUUCUAUCUCGGCCUUGGAUGAGAGGUUAAGCUCCUAUGCUCUUAUUGGUAGAACAGCAAUUGAGGUCACAGUACCUUUUCUCACAGGACUGUUUUCUGAGCGCUUUGAACGGCUUAAUCAGGGCAGGGGCAUUAUCGAUCCAACUGAAACUUUAGAGGAACUUUACUCAUUGCUACUUAUCACUGGGCACUUAAUCGCUGAUGAAGGGGAGGGAGAAACACCUCUGAUUCCAAAUGCUAUACGAUUUCAUCUUCCGCACAAUCUGGAAGCAGAGAUGCACCCUGUUGUCAUCCUUUGUGGCUCAAUCAUAAGGUUUGCCGAGGAAAGUUUAAAACCAGAAAUGAGAGCGUCGGUUUUCAGUCCCCGACUCAUGGAGGCUGUCAUAUGGUUCCUUGCUAGAUGGUCUUGUACGUACCUAAUGUCUCCUGAAGAAAGUCGAGACUCCACAACUGUCUUGCUCAAAUUUUUUGGACAACACGGUCAAGGAAAAUUGGUUCUGGACAUAAUUGUUCGCAUAUCCUUGACAGCACUGGUGUCAUAUCCUGGAGAAAAGUACCUGCAGGCUCUUACUUGUUUCCAGCUACUUCAUGCACUUGUUCAGCAAAAACAUAUUUGCAUUCAUCUUGUUGCUUUGGAUUCAUGGCGUGACCUUGCAAAUGCUUUUGCUAAUGAAAAAACUUUGUUCUUGUUAAAUACAGCUCACCAGCGUUCACUUGCUCAAACACUUGUUCAGUCAGCUUCUGGUAUGAGAAAUUCAGAGGCAUCAAACCAGUAUGUAAGGGAUCUCAUGGGUCAUAUGGCAACAUAUCUUGUUGAAAUCACAAGCAAGAAUGACUUUAAAAACGUUGCUCAACAACCAGAUAUCAUCCUGCCGGUCAGUUGCUUGUUGGAGAGACUUCGUGGGGCUGCCAGUGCCUCUGAACCUCGUUUACAGAAAGCAAUUUAUGAGCUCGGAUUCUCUGCAAUGAAUCCUGUUUUGAUUCUUCUUGAGAUUUACAAACAUGAGUCUGCAGUUGUAUAUCUGCUACUUAAGUUUGUAGUUGAUUGGGUGGAUGGACAAAUAAGCUAUCUAGAGGCUCAGGAAACUGCUGUUGUUGUCAAUUUCUGCAUGAGUUUGCUUCGUCUUUAUUCAUCAAACAAUAUUGGCAAGAUAUCAAUAACUCUUUCAAGCAGCUUAAGCACUGAAGCAAAGACUGAGAAGUACAAGGAUUUGCGUGCUCUACUCCAGCUCCUUUCAAGCCUUUGUUCCAAAGAUUUGGUUGAUUUUUCAUCAGAUUCCACUGAGACAGAGAGCACAAACAUAUCUCAGGUCGUUUACUUCGGUCUUCAUAUAGUUACUCCUCUAAUAUCGUUGGAGCUGCUGAAAUACCCCAAGUUUUGUUUUGAUUACUUCUCAUUGCUCUCCCAUUUGUUGGAGGUCUAUCCUGAAACAGUUGCACAACUAAGCAACGAAGCCUUUUCUCAUGUACUAGGAACUCUUGAUUUUGGUCUUCACCAUCAGGAUGCCGAAGUUGUUGAUAUGUGUCUCAGAGCUUUAAGAGCUCUUGCUUCUUAUCACUAUUUGGAAACUAGUGCCGGUAAAGUAGGCUUGGGCUCACAUGCUGCAGGCCUCAAGGACCCUGGUGGAAAUUUUCAGGAAGGCAUUUUGAGCCGGUUCCUUCGUUCGGUACUGCAAUUACUCCUUUUUGGGGAUUAUAGUCCUGACCUGGUCAGCGGUGCUGCAGACGCUCUUCUUCCGUUGAUACUUUGUGAACAAAGCCUAUACCAGAAAUUAGGCAAUGAGUUGAUAGAGAGGCAGGCAAAUGAAACAUUGAAAUCAAGACUAUCAAAUGCUUUGCGGUCUCUCACAAGUGCGAACCAGCUUUCAUCUACCAUUGAUCGUAAAAAUUGUCAAAUAUUCAGGAAAAAUCUUAGUAACUUCUUGGUUGAUGUUCGAGGUUUUUUGCGAACAAUGUGAUAUGUCAUGUAUUAUUUAGUUAUAUACGCAUUUGUAAAAUAUGAGGGAGAAUAGACUCUGUUUCAUUCUUUUCUACGAUUUGUGAGAACAAUUUUGAAAGAUGUCCCAGAUUGUGAAUAUUUUGCCUGGGAAGUAUCAUUUCCAUUCAAUAAAAUCCAUACCUAAAUCAAUA